CCCAGCUCCGCUCCCCUCCUUUUCCUCCUUCUCCCUCUCUCUCUGCACAAUCCUCUCUGGCUCCCCCAAAAAUUUCCUCUUUGCCAGAGAUUUAAUCUUCAGGAUAUGGUUAAUUCAGGUAUUGCGGUAUCAUCAACAACCCCGUUACUUUCUGGGGCAGCAAGCAGCAGCAGCAGCAGCAGCGAAGCAGGGGAUAGUCCUCCAACCUCGCACCGGUUCGGGAUCCAGGAUGUGAGGUAUGAGUUUCCAAGCAAACCCAUUUCAUGUUCCUAUUCGUAUCGAUCGCUGGCUGUUCUUUCGGGCCAUAUCGGAUCGGUUUCCUGUUUGGCUCUUUGUGGGGAGUUCAUUCUCAGUGCUUCACAAGGCAUGGAUAUCAUUGUGUGGCAACAGCCUGAUCUGAGGCAAUUCACCAAGUUCGGGCAGGGCGAUGGAUCGGUUAAAGCCCUCGAAACAGUGGGAAACAAGGUCUUUACAGCCCACCAAGACGGGAGAAUAAGGGUUUGGAAGGUUUCGAGAAGCUCCGAAAACGUGUUCAGGCUUGUGGACACCCUUCCCACCACAAAGCAGUACUUGGGGAAGUUCAUGAAGCAGAGCAAUUAUGUCCAAACUAGGCGGAAUCACAAGCGGUUAUGGAUCGAACAUGCUGAUAGCAUAUCAUGCUUGACGAUCUAUAAUGGGUUGAUCUACUCGGGGUCGUGGGAUAAGACCCUCAAGGUCUGGAGGGUUUCGGAUUUGAAGUGCUUGGAAUCAAUAAAGGCACAUGAUGAUGCAAUCAACGGGUUAGUUGCAAGCAAGGGGAUUGUGUAUUCUGCUUCAGCAGAUGGGAAGAUCAAGGCUUGGGGAAGGGAUGGGAGCGGCUCAUCGCACUCGCUGAAGGGGGUUUUGGAGGGCCACAAGGAUGUUUCACUGAAUUCGGUCGUGGUUUCUGAGGACGGGAGCACAGUUUAUGCUGGCGAGUCUGAUGGUUUUGUGAUGGGGUGGAAGGGGAAUUGUGAAUGUGCUGGUUGGAAGCUGGUCUGUGAGACAAAGGCACAUGAAAUGGCUGUGUUGUGUAUGUGCCUAAUGGGGGAAUUCCUGUGCUGUGGGUCAGCAGAUAAGGGCAUCAGCAUUUGGAAGAUGGAGGCUCAUGGUGGGCUUCGCAAAUUUUUGGUUGUAAGAGGCCACGAAGGGCCUGUGAAGUGCCUGCAGGCAUUGCCUUGCAGAAUUGGUGGUGGGUUCAUGCUCUAUAGUGGUAGCCUUGACAAAAGUCUGAGGGUGUGGUGGGUUCCAAAGAACUCUACAGAGGGGGAUGACAAGGAUGCUUACCCUGUACAGAGUACAGAGAAAAGUUCUGCAAUCUUGUGUUAGGGAAAAAAUUUCUUCCACUUCUUCUUCUUCUUCUUCUUCUUCUUCUUCUUCUUCUUUUUGGGUUUAUGAGUGAUGAAGCACUCCUUCCCUUUUUAAGUGUCUGCAGUGCUUCUAGGUAUUAUAGUUGGGUUUUGUCCAAUAGUGCCUUUUGAGUGAUUUGGGUGUGAUGAGAAGAGGCAAGAAUCAAAGCUAGCCUCAAUCAUCUUGAAUUUGGUUUGGGUUUGAGUUCUUUCUGCCAAGUAGUUGCAGGGUACAAGCAAAAUGAUUUGGGUAUAGAAUUAUAGGAAAUCAUCUUGAAUUUGAUUUGGGUUUGAGUUCUUCCUGCCAAGUAGUUGCAGGGUACAAGCAAAAUGAUUUGGGUAUAGAAUUAUAGGAAAUCAUAGGAACAUGAUAGAACAGUGCGCAUUUUUUCCACUAUACAAAGUCUAUGAAUUGUAAUUAGGGUUUUAGGGGAUUCAUUCAAUGGAAAUAAUAAUGUUUU